GAUUCAUAAAGAUAGAUGAAGUCACAGAGCUAAAUAGAUUGAGUCGAAGAAAUAUAAUGGAGGACUCAGUGGAGAUAAAAGUUCAAGAAUUAGUACAAGCAAGAUCAUCAGGAUGUCAGGUUUUACCAGAAAGGCGAGAAAAUAUUCAGGAUGAUCCGUGGCUUCGGACGAUGGAAACUGAGAGUGUGGAGCAUUGGCUUCCAAUAACAGAGUCGCGAGAAGGAGGUGCAGUUUCUGCUACAUUUCUUCUAAUUUGCUCCGGGAUGGGUCUUCAGUCGUUUGCACUUCCUGUCGCACUAGUCUCCCUUGGAUGGUGCUGGGGUAUAAUAUCAUUUACCAUAGGGUAUGUAUGGCAGCUCUACACCAUAUGGCUACUCGUUGAUCUUCAUGAAUCCGUGCCUCCUGGCAUUCGCUAUAGCAGAUAUAUGCACUUGUCAGUCACCGCUUUUGGCAUGAAGCUGGGAAAAUUACUCUCGUUGUUCCCAGUAAUGUAUUUAUCAGGAGGAACAUGUGUAGUCCUGAUUAUCAAUGGAGGAAGUUGUUUGAGAAGUUUGUACUUGGAAAUAUGGGCACAUGACAGCACGAAAACAGCAUCAUCGGAUGCAGAAUGGUACCUUUUGUUUAUACUUAUGGCCGUUAUUUUGUCUCAGUUUUCUCCCAAUAUGAAUUCUGCUGCAAAGAUAGCUGCUAUCGGGACUUCAGCCUCUGUGAUAUAUUCUACCUUGUUAGUUGUCCUCUCGCUUGUCCAGAAUCGCCCUGAUGGCAUAUCCUACAGUGUCAAACAGGCUCCGAAAGAACAGAAGGAUAUAUAUGGCUCUAUCAAUGCUCUUGGAUUGAUUGCAUUUGCCUUCAGAGGCCACAACGUUAUACUCGAUAUUCAAGGAACGAUACCGACUUCAAAAAACCGACCAUCAAAAGGGCCAAUGAACAAGGCAGUGUCAGUUUCAUAUCUAGUAAUUGCAGCUUGUUUCUAUCCCCUGACAUUAGCUGGAUACUGGUCUUAUGGUAACAAGUUACUCACUAACGAUAACAUGCCAUUGCUAAGAUCAUUCAUGGAAUAUCACCGCAACAGCAUGCCAAAAUUUGUCAAGGCCAUUAUAUAUCUACUAGUUACGACACACUUCUUAACCAUAUUCCAAAUCUAUGGCAUGGUCGUGUGGGACAACUUUGAGCGGAUUUACAUUACCAUGAAAAACAGGAGAUGUACUAAGUGUAUCCGAGGAGGAAUACGAGCAUUGUUCGGAGGACUUGUUUAUUUUGUGGCAUUGGAGCUCCCGUUCCUAGGAUCAGUGUCAGCUUUGCUUGGAGCGAUCACAGCAGUGCCUAUAACAUUCAUAUACCCUUGUCUAAUGUGGAUUAUGAUUAGGAAUCCUCGUCAGACAAGUCGGAUGUGGUACCUCAAUGUGGGAAUUGCUUUUUUAGGUGUAGUGUUGGUUGUCUUGGUGGAAAUUGCAGCUAUCAGAACUUUAGUUGUCUAUGGCCUUAAGGCUACUUUCUUCAAUCCUAAAUGACGAUGCGAAUCAUGGACAAAAUGUUGUAUUGACAAAGACGAUAACUUACAUAUUACCUAUAAUCUAUACUGACGCCUAACUCCACAAUAGUAUGAUAUUGCCCGUUUGGGCCUAACCCGCACAACUUUAUUUUUGGGCACCUCCCAAAAAGACUCAUAUUAAUGGAGUUGUUCUUACCUGUUAUAUUCUACGUUUAUGGCCCUCACACAACCAAUGUGGGCAACUCCUAACAUAAAGGAGUUGUGAAAGAUCAAACACAAGUAACCGGGAGGCCGUAAAAAAGUCUGAGAAGAAAUUUAUAUUUAUCUAAAGAGAUACUGCUACUCUACUCCUCUGUUAGACCAUCUAUUUGAACAGAACAACCUUGUUUAAUAGUGUAAGAACAAUCGUUUCAUCAGAGAAGAGCAUAUAGUACUACUGUACUGGCAUCCUCUUGAUCGAUGAAUUUUAGGUCUAGUGACAGAGAAAAAGAAAGGGGAUUGGAAAAAAGAAUCAAGAUAUGAUAGAAGAGGAUGCUGAGCAAAGAAAUGCAUCAACUCUGCUGGGGAAAUGCAAUAAGUAGGGAAUGGUCGCAGAAGCCUUACAACAUCGAAGAGAAGAAAGGCUUUCAUGAGACCAAAAAAUUGGUGCCAGGUCAGUACAACAAAUAUCAAAGAGAAGACUCUGAAGCCUCCACCAAAGUCCAAAAGGGAUGGCAUAAUGAAA